UAGCAGACAACAAUAACUACUUGCAGUCUGAACACUGUUCUACAAACAGCUAAAUGGCAGAAGCGUGUUCUGCAGCGAAAGAACCUAGGGUCCAUCAACUUCGGUCUGGGGAAGAAUACCAACAAGAUAUAUUUAGGGAAUGGCGAAGAUCAGUUGUUCGCAGAUUUUAUAGAACAAGAAAUCUUCUCAAGAAUGGAAUGUGGCCAGCCUCUAUAUGGAACCUUGGUUUCAUGGUACUUUGUCUGUCUGUGUGCAUGCUUGGUGACUGGGAUUUAGUCAGACCUAUCAAUGCUAGACUACUUAUACUACCUGCUUACUUAUAUAUCCCCCAAGGUUGUCCAUUAAUCCUGAAAUCCAUCAUAGUUUCUACAGUUGUUGGUUUUGUGUUUUUCCUCGUCCUCCUGUAUGUGAGGCGUUUCAUGUUAAGAGGACUCCUUGCCUACAGAGGCUGGAUGUAUGAACAACCUAAGACCCAAUCAUACAGUACUAUACUUUGGGGAGUUCUGGUUAAAGUCGUCAGUGGUUAUAGUCCCAGCUUAUACAGCUGCCAACGAAGUCUACCUAGAAUGCCAGUCCCAACAGUUCAGGAAACACUCAGCAGACUGCUCAAAUCUCUCCGCCCAUUGUAUGAUGAAGAUUCCAAAGAGUGGAAGAGUAUAUGUAAGAAUGCUGAAGAUUUUGAGAAGAGUUUGGCACACAAAUUACAGAGAGUUUUGAUACUGAAGUCAUGGUGGUCACAAAACUAUGUCACUGACUGGUGGGAAAAGUAUGUUUACUUAAUGGGAAGAAGUCCACUACCUAUUAACAGUAAUUACUAUAUAAUGGACCAGAGCUACUUUAUGCCUACUACAUUCCAAACUGCAAGAACAGCCAAUGCUGCCUACCAGUAUCUGAGGUUUAAACAGUUAAUAGACAGAGAGAAGUUGGAACCUUUGUUGAUACGCAGGACCAUCCCUGUCUGUAUGGCCCAGUACGAGAGAGUUUUCUCUACAACAAGAAUACCAGGUGAAGACAACGACACUUUAUACCAUGUAGAUUCAGCUUUAUCGAAACAUUUAGUAGUAUAUAGGAAAGGAUAUAUGUAUAAAAUAGAUGUAUAUGACAACCAGGGGAAAAUUUUACAACCCCAGAGUAUAGAAAAACUUCUACAGUGGAUUAUAGAUGACGCUGAUUCAGAAUUAGAUAGUAUAUCAGACACUGCAAAAUCUAUAUCAGCAUUAACAGGAAUAGAGAGACCAACAUGGGCCAAAGUCAGAGCUGAACAGUUCUCUUCAGGGGUCAAUAAAGACUCGCUAGAUAUUGUGGAAUCAGCAAUAUUCUGUAUAACUCUUCACCAUGAAAUCAGGGAUGAUUUUUCUAGCCGUGCUAAGUUCCUGAUGUGUGGUGACGGAAAGUCGAUCUGGUUUGACAAAUCUCUGAACCUGAUCACCUUCCCUAAUGGUAGAAUGGGACUCAAUUGUGAACAUUCCUACGCUGACGCUCCAGUGUUGGCACAUUUAGCCGAGUACAAUAUGACAGAGGAAUCACUACACCUUUGUGGUUUUGAUGAGGAAGGGCACUUUAAAGACAGUGACUCCCAGCAAUUGUUUAUAAAGCCACAGAGACUUGUUUGGGAGAUGAACAAUGACUUGUCAACUGCCAUAAAAUCUGCUCAGUUAACUGUAACUCAGAAUAUAAAUGAUAUAGAUCUCGUUGUGAAAGAAUUCAACCUUUAUGGUAAAGGAUUUAUGAAAUCAUGUAAGAUAAGUCCUGAUGCCUACAUACAGAUGGCUCUUCAAUUGACCUAUUAUAGGAAUGCUGGGAAAUUUGCUCUAACGUAUGAGUCAUCCAUGACUAGAUUGUACUUACUGGGGAGGACUGACACAGUCAGAUCUGUGACAACAGAAUCCACCAAAUUUGUCAGAGCAUACUUUGACAAAGAGAAAUCCGCUCAGGAGAAGAUAACUCUGUUAAAACGUGCCUGUGAUAUACAUCAGACUCAGUACCGUGAUGCGAUGAAUGGAAAAGCUAUAGAUCGCCAUCUUUUUGCCUUAUAUGUUGUCAGUAAAGGAAUGGGCUAUGAGUGUGAUUUUCUGAAGCAUGCCCUGACCAUACCAUGGACUCUAUCAACCAGCCAACAACCACAACAACAGAUAGCCACUAGUCCAGACUGCAAUAAUAUUGAAUUUCAAAAUGUGCUGUGCCCUGGAGGUGGUUUUGGUCCUGUGUCAGAUGACGGCUAUGGAGUGUCGUACAUGAUUCCAGGAGACAGGAAGUUAUUUUUCCAUGUCUCGUCCAAGAUAUCAACCAAGGCAACUAAUUCCAGUCUUUUUAUGGACCAGUUAUUUGAUACUUUCAGAGAUAUGAAGGAAUUACUUGAAUCUCAGAAAUAAUCAGGUCAAAAUUGAAAGAGGUCUGGAACCACUGAUUUUAUGACAAUUUUAUUAUGAUUUUAUUUGGGGUUCGUUUGUUUUUUCCGUGUUUUAUGAAUUGUAUUUCAGUUAGAAGAAACCUGAAGAUUUUAUUAUAAUUUUACUAUUAUUAGGGGUCAUUUUUUCCCAUGUUUAUGAAUUGUAAUGCAAUAAGAAGAAAGCUGGAGAAAGGCUUUAAGCCCUUCAUUUAGUGACAAUUUUAUAGUUGAUUUUAGAUAGAGCCUUGUUUUUAUGUUAACCCAUUAUGUGGUCAAGAGAAAUUUUUAAUCUAUAAGAUGAAAAUGUAUUGUAAAUAAAUGUUAAUCCUUUUGUGAUAGUUUCCUAGUAUUAUGUAUUUAAUUAUAUUAGUUCAUUAAUGCAAAAAAAAUUUAAAGGCAUGACUUUCCCCAAUUAAAAAAAAAAAAUUUGAAA